AUGCCUGAAUCGCCUACAGAGACCAGCGAUAUCUCGGUGGUUAUCCAGGAAGCCAUGGGCGAAAAGACCCCUGCUGCUGUGCUUGCUACCAAAGAUGAGCAUACACUCAGUGACGAUGACCUCAACACCAAUCCGGACACGAUUAUCAUUACCGGUGCCGACGUAGCUGCUCAUCUGUUACCUCUUCGAGAUGACUUUGACAGUGUCCUCACCUUUCGCAGUAUCUUACUUGCUUCUGGUCUUGCGUGUUUCCAGGCGGUGAUGAACCAGAUUUAUCAGUUCAAACCGACUCUGGUUAUGAUUCAGGGAACCUUCAUCGUGCUCAUCUCCUACUUCGUCGGCAAUGCCUGGGCUAAAUUCCUUCCCCGUGGAGACAAAUUCGAAGCUCGCUGGAGGGCGAAAGGCGGCCAGGGAAACCUACCUUGGUGGAUUACGGUGAUGAAAUUUUUGAAUAACGGGCCAUGGAGUCUGAAAGAGCACUCCAUCUGUGCAAUAACUGCAACAUCAGCUUCGAAUGCUUCGUCUACGUCAACUGUGUUUGCAGCACAGGAUCUAUUCUACAAUCUUCCCUUGAGCGCAACGACUGUGAUAUUGAGUGUCAUUUCUAUCGGGCUGUUUGGGUAUGGGAUCUGCGGAAUUAUGCGUCCUAUCUCUGUCUGGCACACCGAGGCUGUCUACUGGUCUACUUUGCCUACAGUUAAGACUCUGCAAGGUCUUCAUUGGCAGGAAGUCAAAAACUCGAAACCGCUCAGGUAUUUCUGGUAUGCAUUCACUGGCAUGUCGAUAUAUGAGAUUAUUCCUGCCUACAUAUUCCCGUGGCUAAACUCGGUUUCUAUCCCGUGUCUCGCUGCACAAAAGGCCACCGGUGAGACUGCUGCCGUACUCAAUAAUGUCUUUGGUGGAGCUACCAAUAAUCAAGGUCUGGGCCUGUUCUCAUUUUCGUUCGAUUGGCAAUAUCUCACAUCUACCCAAACCUCGCUCCCUCUCAAGCUGCAAAUUCAUCAGGCGGCUGGACUCUUUUCCUGUUUCGUUAUUAUGAUAGGCAUAUAUUACGGAAAUGGCUGGAAUUCGAGAUCACUUCCAUUUAUGUCGACGAGACUGCUUACGAACAACGGCACCGCAUACCCCUUGAGCGACGUUUUCCCCGGUGGUAUCCUCGACGAGGUCGCUCUGGCUGAACAUGGUUUGCCGAGGAUCACUGGAACGUUCGCAUUCGCGAUGUUUAUGGCCAACGCAGCAAUGGGUGCCCUGAUAGUUCAUUGCAUCCUAUUUUGGGGCAGCGAUAUCCGGCAGGCCUAUAAAAGUGCAAAAGAGGGCAGAUAUGAUGAUCGGCACCAUGCGCACAUGGCCAAGCAUUACAAAGAGGUUCCGUGGUGGUGGUAUAUCAUCGUGCUUGUUGGAAGCUUUAUUCUCGGUAUAAUUGUGACCGUGAAAGAGAACAUCGGUCUGACGGUUUGGGCAUACGUCAUCUCACUGCUGCUAGGAUGCAUUAUCGCCCCCUUCAGUGUCCUCCUCUAUUCUCGCUACGGCAAUGGUAUUGCUACCAACAAUUUGUCGAAAAUGCUAGCUGGACUCAUCCUCCCUGGGCGUCCAGUCGGUAACAUGUACUUCGCUGCUUGGUCGCAUAACGUCAUUUCGAAUGCGGUUAAUCUUUCCAGUGAUCUGAAGAUGGGCGAAUACCUCAAAAUACCUCCACGCAUCAUGUUUCUAACCCAACUAUAUGGCACAAUUCUCGGUGGUUUCGUGAACUACGCUAUUAUGAACUCUAUUGUGUCAAGCAAUCGAGCACUUCUCGUCGAUGGUAACGGAAACUCCUCCUGGAGCGGUGCAACUGUACAAUCUUACAACACCAAUGCCACAUCAUGGGCUCUGGCUCCCUAUAUCUACAAGAUUGGUACCCCAUACGGGGCUGUACCUGUUGGUUUAGCCGCAGGCGCUGCUGCUGUGGUCAUUCACCGUAUCCUCUAUCAACUCGUGCCCAAAAUCGGAAAGUUUGACAUCUCGGAAAUCAAUCUACCGCAGUUCAUCCAAUACGCCGGUUACAUUCCCUACAACCAAAGCCAGACCUGCGUCCUCUUCACCUGGAUCACCGCCGGCUUCUACGUUCAGUAUUAUCUCCGAAACUAUAGACCGCGGAUUUUCAGGGAGUAUUCGUAUCUGAUUACGGGAGCUUUCGAUGGCGCUAGUCUGACGGUUCUCUUCAUCCUCUCAUUUGCCGUUUUUGGGGCUGCUGGGGUUUCGCACCCAUUCCCAUCGUGGUGGGGAAAUAACGAAAAUGGGAACUACGAUUGGUGUCCCGUGGCAGAGUGA